AUGGAAGACGUCUCUUUCUAGACAUUUCUUUCGUGCAUUUAAUGACUUACGCAGGCAUUACCGUUACCAAUUUUGUUAAGUUGACGGAGAAAGCGUCCAUAUUGGUGGCAACAGUCCAAUCAGGGUGAAAUACUCAUUUUGGUUAUGAAUUGUCCAAUUUCGUCAAAAUUGUCUAUUUUGGUCAUUUAAGUCAUUUUUGGUGGCCAGUUAACAGGGACCAAUCAUUUUGUCCGACCCUGAACAAUUUUGCAGUACAGCGAAGGGUACUUCAAGCGGCUCCGUGUGUUGGUGUGUGCGUUGUUGUCCCAGUCGCAGGCAACGCGUUGGGGUAAUAUAGAAGUAGCACCGUGUAUGAGUACAAAGACGGUGUGAGGUUAACCGUGUACAUUCUCAGUUUUUGUCUUACAUAUUAUUGUAAGAAGAUCCGGUGUCAUAUUGGAGGGGAUUUAGGAUCUAAGAAGCACCUGAUGCGCGCAAUUGCAAGCGGCCUGAGGACCAGGCGCAGCUAGAAAUUGAGAAGCCACAGGAGAAACUGGUGUGUGUGUUAGUUUGAGUUGAACGUAUUGGACUGAUCCAUUUCUGUAGCUCCAAAAUGUCCGCAUUGAAUAGUCUGAGUGCGCAAUAUACUGAUUCUGAAGGAGAAGAUGAUUCACAUGAUCGACCAACACGUGUUUCACGUGAAGAACCAAAAGAGGAAGAGGUUCAGCAAAUUGAAGAAAACAGCAACUCAAACUUUGACCGUCCGGCCCGGCUGGUCUCCUAUGUCGGAGACCCGGAAGAUGACCUGGACCUGGACGACGAGCUGGAGGCGGGCAGCGACGACAUGGACAUCUCGCGCUCGGACGAUGAGGGCGGCGAGCAGGAGGGCGAGCGAGAUGGGGCCGCCGGUGCCGCCGCCGCCAGCGAAGACCUCAUCCCCUCUGAGCCAGCUGGCAGGUGCUCCAAAGACCUGCAGGAGAUGGUGGCCAAGCUGUGCCAGGAGCGCGAGCGGACCGGAGCCGACAUGAACGACCGGCUGCGCUCCCACAAGGACUUCCGCAACCCCUCCAUCUACGAGAAGCUCAUCACCUUCUGCGACAUCGACGAGUUCGGCACCAACUACCCGCCGGAGCUGUACGACCCGUCGAUCUGGGGCAAGCAGUCGUACUACGACGACCUGGCCAGAGUACAAAAGGAGGACAUGGAGAGACGGGAGAAGGAGAGGAAGGAGCGCACCAAGGUGGAGGUGGUGACGGGCACCAAGAAGCUAGACGGCGAGCCCAAGCGGCGCAGCAAGUGGGACCAGGUGGGCGCCCCGCACGGCUCCAGCGUGCCCAUCAUCAAGCCGGCCGGUCUGGCCACCGGCCUGCCUCCGCCGGCCAAGACCAUCCCCGCCUUCGGUAGCAUAGCCAAGAAGAAGUAGUCGAGGGCGUGACUCGGCCGUCUUCGGGUGGGUCCCAGGCGGUAAUGGACACCUGGUUUAUAAGUGGCGGGGGCUCGGACCGCCGGGUGAAGUGGGCCGCCGCCUGUGAGUGGGAUGGACGGCGGUGCCUCGGCCUGCCCGCGGCCCUGUUUUGCGUGGGACCCGUCAAACAUGCAGCAGGCAGAGACAGGCGAAUCCUGCGAGACGUGCGGACACUGGAGGACCGCGCAGCCGUUGACUGGGUGGCGUUGCCUGAAGGUGCCGAAGAGAAACGACCUGUGGUGUAUCGUGCUUGGUGCUGUGGUGUGGUCUGUUCUGUUGGGUGUUCCAGCCGGCCUGUGGGCGGCGAUGGCGACGACAGGAUAGUCAGCUGGAGCCGAACCGCUUGUCAUUGCAAUGCCGGGUCCCCUCCCAGAAGGUGUCACGUCCAUUGGUGCUGUUCCACGACACUACGGCAAGCGACGAUUGUGUACAUCAUCACAAUUAUAGAGGCGAGUGUGAACUACAAGCCGUGAGAAUGAUAACUCCUGUGGUGAUGUGAUGUGCGUGGUAUGGUUUGGUCCUGUGCUGAAUGGUCACAUUCACGCCGCGGAAAUCACGAAGCAUCGUCAUUGUGUUCACAUUUGUGAGUCAUUCGUCGAGACCGUACUCUUCGCGGGCGCAUGUGAUUACGUACGAACUGGUGGAUGUGAACAUGUCAUAAACCGUUCGAGUGCCCGCGAUGUGAUUUCGAUGAACAGUGACUAAACUUGUGAAAGAAA